AUGAAGUCCAUCCCAGAGCGCGCUUUGGUCGUUACAGACAGACCCGUGUUCAAUGGCACUGAUGUGCAGCAGAUAUUGAUUUCCCUUGAUCUGUCGCUGGAUGCGGUGUCUGUGAUCACUGCCUCUGGCAGCCUCAGCAAGUCAGCCUUAGCACAGGGCGUCUUCAACACAGGUGCUGCUAGCCUGAACAAGAACCUCCUGCUGGCGGGAUUCACAGACAUAGCAGAUAGCGAAGCCACUCUGUCUGGCCAGGGAGAGCUCUGCGCGUGCACAGCGCGCAAGCCAGACUGGGAGACGGGCGCCAGCACAGCGCUGCCGCGCAGCAGCAAGCUCAGGGCCGCAGCAGCUCCUGCACCGGCGCCUGCAGCGCAGCAGCCGCCCAAGCGCGCAGUUUGGAGCCUGGCAGCCGAUGAGGAGGAAGAAGAGUUGCUAGACGAUGAUGAGCUGCUCACAGAAGAGGACCUGAAGAGGCCGGAGGUCCCUGCGGUGGGGGAUUGCGAGGCGGGCGCUAGUAAGAAGGCGUGCGCGGACUGCAGUUGCGGCCGCGCCGAGGCCGAGGCUGCCGGCAUCAAGGCCGAGCUCACAGCCGACAUGCUCAAGAACCCACAGUCGGCCUGCGGCAGCUGUGGCAUGGGAGACGCAUUCCGCUGCGCAAGCUGCCCCUACCGGGGCCUGCCCAAGUUUGAGAUGGGCCAGAAGAUUGAGCUGCCCUCGGACUUCCUCACAGCAGAUGCCUGA